GUGAUCGCGGAUUACCACCAUGCACCAGGCAAGUAGGAAGCACCUGAGGACACCGCAAUGGCGACGACAGAGGAAGAUCGACCUCUGGUGCAACGCUUGCGUUCACCAGGCGCGGCAGACGCCUCGCCCGGAGGAGGGAGAGCUCUCAAGCCGCUGCCAUUUUCCCUCAAGGGUUUUUUGACGACCUUCUUCGCGGUGCUCUUGGUGUUCCUCCUGGCCGCGAUGGCAAGCCGCGUUAUCAAGUGGGCGAGCGACGAUAGUUCGACGGUGGAGAGGGUGGAAUCUUCUGUGGACGGUGCAGAGGGCACUCGUCUCUCUGGCCUCGUGAAUCCCAACAACGGGUCACACCCGACAUUGACCACCACGGCGGACUGCACGGGAGACACGCAACUCCCCGUGCUAGGGGGCGUUGACGUGGUCGCGUAUUGGGCGUUAUCGGCGGGGAGCGAACCGGUGUUUGGGACGCCUAACCUCGUCGCGCUGUUCGGGGACUACCGGUUCUACUUCUCUUCGAUCGAGAACCUCAGAACAUUCGAGAGUGAUCCGGCCAAGUACAUCCCGGCCUGGGGUGGCUUCUGCUCUUAUGGCGUGGCGGCUGAAAAGUUUUGGAGGUCCGACAUCUUGGGGCCAUUUGGCGACCCUUCCAAGUGGCUGAUUUUGCCCGGCGAUGGAAAGCUGCACGUGUUCCGAAGUGAACGGCCUAUGACCAAAUUCCUCCUAGCCCCGGCGAAAAACCUGGAGGCUGGGGACGCCAUCUGGAACGGCUGGUUCCCAGCGGAGAGGGGGGGUCCAGCACCCUUAAACACGGCGUGCCUGUGUAGCGAGGAGAUGUGCGUCAAUGGUUGACGCGGCGGCACGCAUGCAAUUUUUUUUUUUUUGCUACAAAUUGUUCUUGUCGUAAACCCAUGUCGUUGUUGGUCCCUACGCGGUGCGUACUUGGCGGUGGUGGUUUUCCGAGGGAGGGACCUUGUUUUGAGGGCACGUGUGUAGUUGUUCGUGGAGCUGGACAUGCUUGCCUGCGUGCGCGCGUGUUCUUUGCACUUGAGUUUUUGAGUAGCCGUCGCGAUUGCCACGCGUAGAACGGCCGGCGAGGUGGGCAAGGUGGGCAAAUGCGAAUCCUGAUGAGGGUUCAGGCAGGGGAGUGAGUUUAUCUUUUGUUGUAGGAGUUGUACGCAAAGCGUGAUGGCUUUCUGCGUUAGCCUGUGGUACGGUGGGCUUGCAGGGCAUGGAGGGGUGCGCAUGGGUUUCAUGCGAGCACUGCUGUUGUACUUGUGAAUUUUUGGUGAUAGUGGGAAACACAUGCUGGGGUGACUCCGUCUCGUUGUUGUUCUGUGUAAGGUAUCUUGGUGCUGGCGCUGCUGUUGCUGCUAGUCUACUCUUUCGUGUGCGUGAAUUUGUUUUGAUUGUUCAAUUGUGUGGUUGUGUAUGUUUGGUGUUCGGGACGGCUGCAUGUGAUGGCCUUCUACUCAUUGGGUUUUUCGAAGUGGUAGUAGUGAUGCUCGCUUCAUCGAGGUUAAUCGUAGGCAUUCGCAAACAGCUACCGGAAGCUACGGAGUUUUUCCCCCCUAAUACGGAUUCCCCCCCCCCCCUCCAUUAUCUUUUCGGCCUGGAAGCAUGGUUUCGUUGAUUUAGCCCCGGGGCAGAUCGUUUGCAACCAAAAAAACAAUCCCCCCGGGUAUUUCAACUUCCCCCCGGGGUACCAGUUUCCCACGAGUCCCCCCCGGGGGGGAUGCAUUUCCCGUGUUUUCUGAGUCGAUUUUGUUGCAUCGCGGAGCACAAAAAGCAUGAUAUGGGACGGGAAAUUCAUUUGCAGAUCUACGCUUCGAGUGAGAUUUAGGUGUACCGUUUGUCAUUUGGCCCUCGCCGUUGUUUCAUGGGUGAAAUGUUUUCGUUUUCUUGUCUAUUUCUUACAUUUAUCGUCCCUGGAGUCAGCUGAAACGUAUCAUAGCAUGCUGACGAAGCCUUGCGCACAAAGGGAUAAAAUAAUCGUUUUCAUGUGUGGAUCUAAAAAAACUCGAGGUUAUCCUUGUUCCUGCGGACAAACUGCGAAUUGUUGUGCAUGAACUCAGGUAAUGGUACCUCUUGCUAACUGUUUUCUCUUCGUCUUCGUCGCCCGUGCGUUACUCCUACCUCUG